ACUUUUUUAAUUAAAAUUUGGGAUUGUUUUUCAAUCUCCAUUUCUGAGAUAAGACCACACCCUGUGUAAAAAGAAAUCAAAAAGGCAAGAGGGCGAUUAAUUGAAAAGAUAUCAGUCCUUAUCUCUUAUAUUUUUAUUUAGAAACAAUUGGAGAAGAGAAUCUGAGCCUUGUAUCAUUAGAUUUGGUCAAGGACAUAUAUAUUAAUAAGCAAAGUUGCAGACCAAGAAGUGAGCAGUGGAUGGUGGGUACACGAGUCAACCUUGUGGGUUUGGUCUCCUCUCCUCAAGAACUCCCUUGGUAGCAACUAGCAAGUGGGUUCAAAUUGAUCACCAUGGUUGAGUUGGGGGCCUUGCCAACAGUAUUGGCUCUAUUUCUAGGACUAGUUUUGGCUUUUCUUGUGAAAUUCUUCUUUUCCAGAGCGCAUACGAACUUACCUCAUGGGAAAAUGGGAUGGCCCCUUCUGGGGGAGACUCUUGCCUACCUGAAGCCACAUAAAUCCGACUCUAUAGGGAUCUUCUUGCAGGAACAUUGCUCUAGGUAUGGGAAAGUCUUCAAAUCACAUCUAUUUGGUCACAGAACCAUAGUUUCCUGCGACCAUGAGCUCAACAUGUUCAUUCUUCAGAAUGAAGAGAAGCUAUUCCAGUCCAGCUAUCCCCAGGCCCUUCAUGGCAUCUUAGGAAGAAAUUCUUUGAUUCUUGUGUCCGGGGACGUUCACAAAAAGCUAAGAAGUCUUGCUCUAGGCAUGAUUGGUGGUACUAAGUCGACAGUCAACUUCCUUCCUUCCAUAGAAAGCCUGUCAAUAUCAAUGAUGGAGUCAUGGAAAGGAUGCAAAGAAGUUGUCUUCUGCAAAGAAGCUAAAAGGUUCACGUUCAAUCUCAUGAUGAAGCAAAGUCUAAGUAUUGGACCAGAUGAGGCAGUGACCGCUCAGAUAUUGGAAGACUUCCAUACCUUCAUGAAGGGCUUUGUGUCUCUCCCAAUAUAUAUCCCAGGAACCUCCUAUCAUAAGGCUGUGAAGGCUAGAGAAAGGAUCACCUCCACUGUCAAAGGGAUCAUAGAAGGAAGGAGGAAAGAGAAUAGGCUUCAAAAUGGAGACUUUCUAGAUGUGAUUUUAUCAAAGGAGAACUUAACUGAUGAAGAGAGAGUGAGUCUUAUUUUGGAUCUGUUGCUUGGAGGCCAUGAAACCACUGCCACACUGAUGGCUUUACUCAUCUACUUUCUCGCACAUUCACCACAAGCUCUUCAACAGCUGAGGGAGGAACACCUAGCCAUAAGGAAAAACAAAAACGAUGGAGAGCUCUUGAGUUGGGAAGAUUACAAGCAGAUGAACUUCACCCUCAAUGUCAUAUAUGAAGGCCUGAGAUGUGGGAAUGUGGUCAAGUUUGUGCACAGAAAAUCUCUUGAAGAUAUCAGAUUCAAAGAGUAUCUCAUUCCUGCAGGAUGGAAGGUUCUCCCUGUCUUUACUGCAGUGCACCAUGAUCCCUGUCUUCAUGAAAAUCCUUGGGAUUUCAACCCUUGGAGAUGGGACGAUCAAGCAACCAACAAAAAGGUCAGCUUCUUUGGCGGAGGACAGCGGCUGUGUCCAGGGGCAGACCUAGCCAAAUUGGAAACCGCUUUCUUCCUUCACCAUCUUGUCCUCAACUAUAGGUGGAAAAUAAAAGGAGAUAAUUUCCCUCUUGCUUACCCUUAUGUGGAGUUCCACAAAGAAUUGGCAAUUGAGAUAGAGCCAAUACACAAGACAUUGGAACAGAAAUGUUAGAUGUAUUUUAGCCAUUUUUACAUUUGCUAGCAAGAACAUGGCCACAACUGUACCUAGCGCUUCAUUUAAUAAAUGGCUGUCUUACAAAAUGUUACUUUUUGUUGUCAGAUGCUUUCUAUGUACUAUAAAUAAUGGAUUUGUGUUGUAGAUUGAGUCAAAGAACACAUAUUGAGUUGUGUAAGAAUGUGUCCU